GCUUCCUUGCUAAUGGCUGCAGUUACAACCUUAUCAUCGUCGUCGUCGUUGUCGCCACAUUUCGUCAAUGCAUCACCCAGAUUUGUCUCUGCAAUUCAUUUCCCUUUUGGCUCUGUUUUCCUCCGCCGUCGUAUCCGCCGUCUGAAACGCCCGUUGGCUUCGUACCGUGGCUCUAAGUCGCGUAGGCGAUACGAUUCGGACGAACGAUUCUUCGGCGGGUACGAGUACGAGUACGAUGACGAUGACUUCGACGAAGAAGAAGAAGAGGAGAGGGAAAGCAGCGUCGAUCUUCUGAUCAGAUUCUUAAGAAGUAUGUUCAAGAAGGUCUCGAAGCGAGCUAAAAAGGCUGCACGCCGGAUUUUGCCAGCCGCCAUGUCUCCUCGACUCGUGUCAUUUGCAGUAGAUGGGAUAUUGUUAUUGGGUUCACUUUCCAUAACAAGAGCAUUUCUUGAGGUAAUAUGCAAUCUUGGAGGAACCGUUUUUACGGUGAUUCUGCUGAUCCGAUUGUUCUGGGCGGGUGCUUCGUUCUUCCAGGGUUAUGGUAACUAUUUUGGACCAAACCCGUUGACUUAG